AUGGAUUGGCGCGAAAAACUGUUUGGGAAGGUGUUGGUGAAGUGUGAAUCUGGAACUCAAAAUGGACAAUUUGAAAAUAUUUCUACCCUUGAAGGUUUAUCUGAUUGUGUAGAAGAGGGGGAGGGCGCUGUGUGUGGAAUAUAUUUUUCUUUCGCGAAUAUAAGCGACACCAGUGACGAUUUUGGAGUUCGUUUAGAAGAGGUUUAUAAGCGUGUGCAUCCUCGUUUGAAAGUUGUGCAAGUGGUUCUGUGGGCACAUGUCGGUACCCCUGAAGGUCCUGUGGAAAGAGAGGCCGGGUUCCGGAGGAGUCUGAUGGGGAAGCCGUGGUUCGCUGUACCGUUCCACGAUGUUGAUAUAAAGGCAAGCAUAUCAAUUAUUAAGAUUACUUUUAUUUCUGUACCUUAA